AGCACUACAGAUUUGACCCCGUCAGCUCUGAGAGGCCCUUUCUGAGAGCAUAUUUACUGCCGAGAGACUAGGGUGGAACGAGUGAGGAGCGCACACAAAGCUGUGGCUUGUUCUAAUUUUGCUGGAGGUGUAUAUUCGGUCAGACAAACAUCAUGGCACGUAAGAAGACGCGAGCAGCGGCUGCUAAUGAAGCAUCUCCAACUGCUUCUACAACUUGUAGCAAGCCUGAGGGAGACCUGGAGGCGGAUGUCUCGAUAAAGAAGGCGGAACUAGAGGUCCAGGGAUGCUCCGCGAUGCCAGCUUGUGGCCACGGAAACAAAGAGCUACCCGACCAAGGCAGACAAGGACUAGCCGCGGGUGAAAGUCUUCAGCAGAAGUGCACUGAACCAGCUGACGAAGAAAUCGACCAGAAGUGCACUGCUGCAAAGAGAUUGGCGAAAGAUGCUGUUGGAAAUAUUUGGUGGUAUAAGUACAGCACUUUCUUCGCUGGACUCGUCAUCGGUAUGGUUUCGACCGAGUUCGGCCAGCGCUUUGGACAGACCGGAAAAGCUGCAGUUGCGAAUGUUUUCAACCAAGUAGUACGAAUGAUAACGGGUACGAACUUGAACGUCACUGCGGUGCAAGGCGGAAGUGAAUGGGAGGAACGAGAUGUAAUAGUGGAGGAUGUCCGAUGAUUUUUAGAUUUUCACUUGAUAAAGAGUCUGCAAUUACUCGUUGAACAUGAGCUGUGUCAUUUGUUUCGUGUUGUGAUCCUUCACCUUUCAUGGUCAUACAUACAUACCGCUACAAGCCAUGGAACUUGUGCUUUAUUUGACGCAGGAACACAAAAGUUUUUUGUCAGUCACGAACACAUUACACAGACUCGUCUUUCACGUCUGAUGGACGAGGUAUACGCAAAGACGGUGGGCACGAUUUCGAGAGAAGAGCGGAAGCUGAUGCAGAAGCAAGGCAGCAGUCCGACUUACGGUGAAGUAACUUAUCGAGGCGUUUCAACUAUAAUGCUGCAACUGGAAAAGCAGAUGGAAAGACAGCGGCAGCUUAGAUCCAGAGAAGUCAGCUCAACAAAUACAAACGCAGUGGGAGGAGUAGAUGAUGAUGAACAGGAGUUUUCAUCCACCAAACGCAAGAGGACAUUAUCCAAUCGCCUUCUUACUAGCCGUCUGAGCAGCGCAGACGUGUUCUAUGAUUUGGGUAGUGGUCUCGGGAAGUUUAUCAUGCAGGUUUACUUCAAUCAUCCAGUUGGCAGGGCUACUGGCGUUGAGCUGAGCGAGUCGCGGUUUAACAGAUCGAUCGGUCUGUCACAGGAGUUAGUGAAGUCUUCGAGAGUGGGUGAAGAUGCGCUGCCCGCCCUCGGUGGGUCGUACCAGCUGCUGCAGGGAGACAUGUUCCGCUUGAAUAUCUCGGACGCGACGGUCAUUUUCGUCUGUAGUUACGGAAUUCGAUUCUCAGGAGGAUGACACUUUAUCUUAAUUUUCUCUCUGUACUAGGCACUUUUACUUUUUUCAAUAAUUUUGAUUUUCUGAUUUGAAAACUUUGAAAGUUCUUGGUAGAAAAUACUAGUAGUACAACUUCUAGGAGCAGAUCAAUUGAAUAUGUUAGUAGUACAAACCUCCUCCCCCCCAUGCUUUCAUAUCGUUACCUGUCUCACCGAAGAAGUGCUGAACCAGUUACAUCAAAAAGUGGUCGACGAAUGUCCGCGAUUGCGAUUUUUGAUUUCGAUGAAACGCCUCCCCAAACAUUUUGUGCCGAACCGCGAUGCCGAAACUUCCAAGAAAGGCAGGGUGCGGAUGCUGGUCGAGCGAAAGUCUGAAUUCGUCCAAACAAGUUGGGCGAACGAGACCGCUGUGCGGUUCUACGAAAUAGAAGAGAUUCCUUUGUAGCGGAGUAUGUAGCGAAGUAACUUUCUACAAGCUAUAGAUGUAGAUGUUUCGUCUAGUUAGACGUAGAUCUUAGAUGAUAAAAACAGAAAUGCAUGGAAUUCGAACAUCCACGGCAGUGAAAAAUAAUUGCGCCACUCCAUGCUAGAUACACUCAACAUUUAAUGGUCGCUCAUAGUGACUCUAUAAUUAUAUGUUGCACAUUUUUUCUUGCAAGCUCUCAACCUCCUGAUCCAUGUCAACCUGUACCAAGUGCUUGCGGAAUAUCAUUCUAAGAAUCAUGCGAUAAGAAACACAAGUAGGCAUCAGAUGGACAUAGAUAUAGACAAAGUUAGUAUGAUGCACCAUAAGUUGUAGUUGUCAUGAACAACAAGUUUGAGACGACCGAUAUCAGACUGAUUUUUAUUCCGCGAUUUCGCUGCGAAAUGCUAUUAAAAAAGCGUGGGUCCCGUAGUGUCAUAAAGCAUGUGCAUCAACAUGAUUUCGAAGCCUUCCUGGUUGCUUUUUCAACUUCAU